ACUAUCGGGGUAGAACUAAUGGCAUCAUGUGGAGACAUAGACAAGCCCAAUGUUACCAAGAGCCUGGAUGAGCUCUACACCACAUGGAACAACCUGAGCAAGAUGUGGACGGAGAGGUACAGCCGCCUGGAAGAGCAGCUGAAGGCCACACUGCAUCACCAAGAGACGACAAAGAAACUCCUGGGCUGGCUGCUGUCUGCAGAGUCACGGCUGUCUGAAAAGUUUCUAGUUGGGGGAGACUUGGACAUGGUGAGGAGUCAACUAGCAGAUUUAAAGGAGUUUAAGAGGGAGCUGUAUCAGCACCGUGUGGAACUGGAGACUCUUGGUCACCAUAGCUCGAUAAGCUUAUCAGAUCCCAAAUCAACAAAUAACCAAAUUAGUAAUUACAGAGAACGUUGGGACCGGCUGGAAGAAGAAGCUGUAAACAGACAGCACCAGUUAGAGGAUGCACUGCUCGGGUUGGGUCAGUUCCAGAACCAGCUGGAGGAGCUCUUGAACUGGUUGUCCCAAACGGCAGAUCAGCUUCAGUGUCCACGACCACUGUGUAUUGACCUUCAAGCUUGUGAGAUAGAGCUGGCAAAAAACAAGGUUUUGAGGAAUGAUGUUGUCUCUCACAUGCGCACUGUGGAAUCUGUGAAUGAAGCUGGACAGGCGAUUCUGGUGUCCUCUCUUGUGGAUGGUCUGGAAUCUCUACAAGCUGCACUGCUGGAUCUGAACCAGCGCUGGGAGCAUCUUCAGAGCGAGACAGAGAAACGACAACUGGAACUGGAGAAUGACCUCAGCAGGGUGCAGGAUGUGAUGCUGGAGAUGACAGACCUCCUGCAGUGGUUGGACCAGGUGGAUGCUCGUCUGUCUUUCUCCAGACCAGUGUGGGGACAUCCAGAGUCUACAAGGGAAGCACUGAAUGAACAUAUGGAUUUGUGUAAAGAAAUAGAGUGCAAGCAGCAUUCGUACAACAGUGUAAGAGACCGCCUACAGCGACUGCUGGCCUCAUGCCCCUUCCCUCGAGGUUCCAGCGCAGAACAUCAGCUCUGCAUACUGGAGCAGAAGUGGGAGAGUGUUUAUACCAAGGUGCAGGAGAAAAGGGCAAGGUUGUCGGAUGGCCUGGCUGUGGUCACAGAGUUUCAUACCACUAUGCAGGAGUUAUCACUGUGGAUGGGGCAGGCAGAAGAACGCUUCACUACAGCUGGACCUCCCAGUGUCAUCUUGGAAACUGUGACCAAUCAGAUCCAAGAGCACAAGGGUCUGGUGCAGGAGAUUGAGCAACAGAAGGGGAAGCUUUCAAGCCUAGAGUCAGUAUGUUCCCAGCUAAAGGAUGUGAGUUGUAAACAGGAAGGGGACAUGUCUCAGAGUUUGGUGCAAAGUGCCCGUGAAAGGCUGGGAAAACUGCAAAAAAGAUCUGGCGAGAGGGGGCGGAGCCUGGAGGAAGCCCGGAGACAAGCCAAGCAAUUCAGUGAGUCUCGUCGUAUGCUCUUGGAGUGGUUUCAAGAGGUGGAUAAAAGUUUGGACUCGCAUCUCAUAGACACAUCCAUGAGCCAGGAGCUCAUCAAAGAGCAGCUGGGUUCACACAAGGAGUUUCAGAAGGUCCUAAGGUCAAAGCGACCAGUUUACGAGGCUACUGUAAGGAGCGGUAGAGCUCUACGGGAGAAAGUCCGUUUGGCUGAAGAUGGUCAGCGGUUGGAUGAGUCCUUGGGGCAGUUAAAGGAACAAUGGGAGAACAUUUGUAGCCGAUCUACUGAGAGGCAGCAGAAGCUGGAAGAGUCCCUGCUAUUCUCCGGGAAGUUUACAGAUGCUCUUCAGGCGCUGAUGGACUGGCUGUACAGAGCUGAGCCACAGCUGUCUGAGGAAAUGCCUGUGGGAGGGGAUAGAGACCUGGUGAAUGACCUCAUGGAUAAGCACAAGGUGUUUCAGAAGGAGCUGGGUAAGAGGGCGAGCAGCAUGAAGACCCUGAAGCACUCUGUGCGGGACCUGAGCAGGGGAGGAGGCAGCACAGAUUCCCAUUGGCUGCAGAGACAAAUGGAGGAGCUCGGUCACCGCUGGGACCUGGUGUGCCAGUUGUCUGUCAGCAAGCAGGCUCGUCUGGAGGCAUCUCUGCAACAGGCGGAGGAGUUCCACACUUUGGUGAACACAUUCCUGCAGUGUCUCAGUGAGUCUGAGCGCACACUCAAGUAUGGCGUUAUCCCAGAAGAGGAGCAGGCACUACUGGAGUGUCAGAGACAACAGCAGGAGCUCAUGAGCACCCUACAGUGUCAGCAGAUGGCUCUGGAGUGUAUUGUUUCCUUGGGGCAGGAGAUACUGUCUGCCUGUCACCCUGACUCCAUCAUCACCAUUAAAUCAUGGCUAAACAUCAGCAGGACACGCUAUCAGGAGGUAAUGUCCUGGGCUCACCAGCAGGGGGAGCGUAUCCAAAGUCACAUUCAGUCAUUGGCCACUGAACGAGAAGAAGUAGCGCGGCUCAUGGAUUGGAUCACAUCUGCAGAAGAGGCUCUGAGCUUACGAGAUCAGGAGCCGCUUCCAGAAGAUAUGUCAGCUCUGGAGGGAAUCAUAUCACAGCAUUCGGUGUUUAUGGAGGAGCUGAAUAAAAAAGAACCUGAAGUUGAGAGAGUGACUAAGAACUGCAAGCGUAAAAUGCCAGACACCAGAGCAACAAAUUCGCGCAAGACCUUAACCAAAAGACAAAACUCCUUAAAGUCUCCUCAGGCAGGAACAACAGUGCCCCUGAUGGACCUUGCCCCUCAUACCCCUCACAUGGCUCAACUUCUGAACCGCUGGCAGCAGCUGUGGUUCCUGGCCCUGGACCGGCAGUGCCGACUGCAAAGUGCCCAGCAGAGACUGCAGGAGUUGCAGGAAUUCGCUCAUUUUGAUUUUGCUGUCUGGAGGAAGAGAUACAUGCAGUGGAUUGGACAGAUGAAAUCCCGUAUCUUGGACGUGUUCCGUGGUAUUGACCGAGACCAGGAUGGCAGAAUCACCCAGAGGGAGUUCAUGGACAGUGUGUUGUCUUCCAGGUUCCCAACUAACUCUCUGGAGAUGAAUGCUGUGGCCAGUAUUUUUGACAUCAAUGGAGAUGGUUUCAUUGACUAUUAUGAGUUUGUGAGUGCCCUGCAUCCCACCAGAGACCCUCUGAGGAGAGGAGUGGACGCAGACCAGAUACAGGCUGAGGUGAACAGACAGGUGGCUCAGUGCAACUGUGCAAAGCGCUUUCAGGUGGAACAGAUCAGCGCCAACAGAUAUCGGUUUGGCGAGUCUCAGCAGCUGCGCAUGGUGCGUAUCCUGCGCAGUACCCUUAUGGUGCGUGUUGGAGGGGGCUGGAUAGCACUGGAUGAAUUUCUGGUGAAGAACGAUCCGUGCAGAGGUGUGUGCAUAUUCUAG